UCCGUUCGGUAAACGCAACUUUAAACAACGAGCUUCGCUCGCUUGACAGCGACUUCUCCUUCCCUUCGCCGGUGCUCGGAGCGUCCAUUUCCGUCCGCUCUGUCGAUUUUUUCUCUCUUUCGUUUGCCCAUUUUUUGUCUUCUGCGCAUUUGGGCUUCCGUAGCUGAAAACUACUGCUACUAAUCUAGAAUAUUAGGCGUAAUGAUAUGAAGCCAGAGCCGCGAAAAAUCCCUUCUAUUUAGAUAAAGGAGAAGGUUCAGUUUCCUUGGUUUUACUUGCGCAGCCGGCGUGGCUAGGGCUUUUUCUGAUAAACUGGCGACCUCGACUUAGAGGAAGAGUUAUCUGCUGUUCAAUGGAGCUUUCUUUUUACUUUGGCAGCCAUUCUUCCUAUUCAUUCAUGGGAAUAUUCUUUUGUCUUUUAUUGUUUACCUUUUUUCGGAACUCCCGAGUAGUUCUGGCAGAUUCAGAAUAUUUGAUUGGUCUUGGGAGCUACGACAUCACAGGACCUGCAGCAGAUGUAAAUAUGAUGGGUUAUGCUAACACUGAUCAGAUUGCUUCUGGUGUUCAUUUUAGGCUGAAAGCUCGCUCUUUUAUUGUGGCUGAACCUGUUGGAAAUCGUGUUGCAUUUGUAAAUCUUGAUGCAUGUAUGGCAUCUCAACUUGUGACAAUUAAAGUUCUCGAAAGAUUGAGGGCAAGGUAUGGUGACCUCUAUAGUGAACAAAAUGUGGCCAUAAGUGGCAUCCAUACCCAUGCUGGACCUGGGGGUUAUCUUCAAUAUGUUGUGUACAUAGUAACUUCUCUUGGCUUUGUGCGACAGUCAUUUGACGUCAUUGUUGAUGGCAUAGAGAAAAGCAUCAUACAAGCUCAUCAAAACCUACGGCCUGGAUCACUUUAUGUAAAUACAGGAGAAGUAGAUGCUGGUAUAAACCGCAGCCCAAGUGCUUACCUGAACAAUCCCGCUUCAGAGAGAAGCCAAUAUCAGUAUAAUGUUGAUAAACAGAUGACUCUUCUGAAGUUUACAGAUAAUGAAUGGGGUCCAAUUGGUAGCUUCAACUGGUUUGCAACUCAUGGAACUUCAAUGAGCCGCACAAAUUCCUUGAUAAGUGGUGACAACAAAGGGGCUGCUGCACGUUUCAUGGAGGACUGGGCUAAACAAAAAAGUUUUGGUACACAAAGUCACAGUAGUCAUGUUGCUGCUUCUGGCACUCACAACAAUCAACAAGGAUUUCCACGCAGGGUCUCCAGCAUUAUCCCUCCAGUGCAUGAGAACUCAAACAAAUUAAAGGAGCUUGUUUCCUCCUUCAAGGCAUCAGGUGGAAUGCAGUUAUCAGGUCCUCAGAGUAUAGUUCAACGGGUGCGAAACACUUUUUCGCAGGGAAGCCAACAAAAUUUUGUGUCUGCAUUUUGUCAGACAAAUUGUGGAGAUGUCAGUCCAAAUGUGCUAGGAACUUUCUGCAUUGACACUGGGUUACCUUGUGAUUUCAAUCACAGCACCUGCAAUGGAAAGAAUGAACUGUGUUAUGGACGUGGCCCUGGUUAUCCAGAUGAAAUUGAAAGUACGCGCAUCAUUGGUGAUAGGCAAUUCACUAAAGCUGUUGAUCUCUUUAAUACUGCCUCUGAGCAAAUAAAGGGGAAAGUCGAGUUUCAUCAUGCUUACAUAGAUUUUUCGCAGCUUGAGGUUACUGUAUCAAGCAGUGAAGGGAAGCAGGUGGUAAAAACUUGCCCUGCAGCUAUGGGUUUUGCUUUUGCUGCAGGUACCACUGAUGGUCCUGGAGCUUUUGAUUUCAAGCAGGGGGAUAAUCAGGGUAAUCCUUUCUGGAAAGUGGUGGGGAGCUUGGUGAAGGCCCCAAGCAAAGAGCAAGUUGAUUGUCAGAAGCCUAAACCAAUUUUACUUGACACUGGUGAAAUGAAGCUUCCCUAUGAUUGGGCGCCUUCGAUUCUUCCAAUUCAGAUACUUCGUGUGGGGCAAGUUGUCAUCCUCUGUGUUCCUGGAGAGUUUACAACAAUGGCUGGAAGGCGACUCCGAGAUGCUGUAAAAGAAGUGCUUACUGGUGAUGGUAAUGGAGAAUUUGACAACAAUGUUCACAUAGUGAUUGCUGGGUUGACAAACACAUACUCCCAAUAUGUGACAACGUUUGAGGAGUACCAGAUACAAAGAUACGAGGGAGCUUCCACUUUAUACGGCCCCCACACUCUAAAUGCUUACAUUCAAGAGUUCAGAAAGCUUGCCUCUGCUCUCCUCACUGACCAAAACCUCCAUGAUCAAGGCCCUCAACCUCCAGAUUUGCUUGACAAGCAAAUCAGUCUUCUCCCUCCUGUUAUAGUAGAUUCAACUCCAUCUGGCCUACAUUUCGGUGAUAUGAGCAAUGAUGUGCCAAUCAACUCCACAUUCAAGCGCGGCGACGUCGUCUCUGCCACAUUCUGGUCCGCUUGUCCUCGAAACGAUCUCCUGACAAAUGGAACUUUUGCUCUGGUUGAGUUCCUAGAUUCUAGCCAGAACUGGGUUCCUGCUUAUGAUGAUGAUGAUUUCUGCUUGCUGUUCAAGUGGUCUAGACCUUCAAAGCUCAGUGCCCAAAGCCAUGCCACUCUAGAGUGGAGAAUUCCCCAAGAUUCAUUGCCGGGGGUUUACAGAUUCAGGCAUUUUGGUGCUUCCAAGAGCUUUUUAGGUUCAAUAAGCUAUUUCACAGGUUCCUCAACUGCUUUUGCUGUGGUGUAAUACUGUAAUGUAAUGCAAUUAAUAUAGGCUUCGUUUGGGAUGAUUUUUUUACUGUUUUAUAAAGUAGUUUUUUAGUAUUAAAUAAUUUUUUAAUUAGAAAUUUUUGUACUAAAAAACUAUUUUAGAAAGCAUUAAAAAAGCUGCCCCAAACGAAGCUAGAAUGUACUUUGCUGUUAAUGUGAUGAGUUGUUC